CUUUAAUUAGUAACUGACUAAUCACUAUAUUUACACCUUUAUUUUCUUAGUAAAUCGAAUGUUGGAAAGAUUUAGGUGGUGGUAAAACAGGCUGAAGAUGAACAACAACUAUAUAUCUGUAAUCAUCUAUCUAUAUUUUAGGUACGAGCCGAGCUGCUAAUGGCCACAUGGACAUUCCCAUCUUUCAAACCGACGAAGGCAGAUACCUGGCAAAGUCUCUCGGCGAUCCUUUGAUCAAAGGUCUGACCGAAGUGGCUAACGUAAAACCCAAGGACCCCGUCGCGUUCCUAGCGAGUUUCCUCCACAAUUUUCCCGAUCAAGAAAAACCUCACUUAGGUACGCAGGAGAAUCUGAUGGUGACUCGUCAGGCUGCAGAGGUGGAGAACAUGCAGCCGCCGCCAGAGGUCGACGUCCCCAAGAUGACGGCUAAGGUCGCUCGCAGCGCCACCAAGACUGCCACCAAACACCGCCCUAUAGAUGUCGUGACAGUUGACCCCCAGCCCGAAGUGAGCCCCGAUGGUCCGGAGACAGCCUUCAGUAGUGCUAAUAGAGAUGAACACGGCCAAUCCAUGCUGCACUUUGCUGCCGCUAGAACUCACACCCGCAACGCUCUGUUCCAACUUCUCCAAGAGUCUGACAUCAGCCUGGCCUACAGAGACGAGCUGUACCGCACCGCACGGGACGUCUCCAUACAGGCCAACAUUCUGGACAACACCGCCGAAAUCGACAGAUGGGUGCUGCAUCUCGCCGCGAGAGGGAACUCUGAAAAGAUAAUGGAGCUGUUACUGGAAGGUUACGACCACAUUUUAGACGUGGUGGAUGAGGAGGGCGUGACGAUAACAGACGUGAUCGCGCAGCGAGGGGACAGCCAGAUGGGCAGUCUACUCGCCUCCAUACCAGCCUUUGAGGAGUCGCGCGAGGCCCUCCACGGCGCCGUGCGACAUGGUGAUCUGCCAGCAGUUCAGGAGAUGCUGUCAGCUGAGGGUGGGCGCACACUGGCUCGCAGUCAGAACACCUUCGGCAGAACUGCGCUUCACAUCGCUGUGCUAGCCCAGAAUGAAGAGAUCGUGGCCUAUCUGGCGCAAACGUAUGCUGAACUGCUACGGAUUGGAGAUAACUUGGAACGCACGCCUUUGCAUUACGCGAUGGGAGUAGAGAAGAUUGAGUCGCUAAGCAGACUGCUGAUCCGAGCGGGAGCCAAGCGAGUCCUUAAGGACCUGAAGGGUCGACAGCCCUCCUACUACUUCAUGAACAAGUCUGACAUACUACGGCUAAAGGAAGAAGAGGAAGUGUAUUGAAGCAAAAUCAAUAUUGUUCGGAGAUCUCAAAAUGUCAAAGAAUCGACGUUAUGAUAAAUAACCCCUCGACUCGACGACGACGCAUAAAAAACAAUGUAGAAUUUAGACAUACAUAUGUAGUCUUGAAUGGCUGUGGCUCGUAACUAGGUAGAUGAUUUUUUAAAAGCAGGGUGUCUGUAUUUGGGAUAGAAUAAUAGAGGCUUCUUAUGCUGCACUUAUUGCAAUAGCAAUAUUAUUUAGUUGCAUUUGUAAAUGUAUAGAAACAUUGAAUGGAAAUUCACUAUUUUAACGUCAUUUUUUAUGGUACAUAUUGUUUGUACUUGAUGGGACCCUAUUUGAAAUUAAUUAGGGAAUUAAAAACAACUUAAA